AUGCAUUUUACCGACCCAGAAGCUGCUGAGGUCAAGACAUGGGUAGUGAAGAAGCUAGAGGACAUCUCAGACGCGGACUCCGAUGUCCUUGCCGACUACGUACUUGCUCUGAUUAGAACCGAUGCGCCGGACGAUGAAAUCCGAAAAGUCUCGGUGGAAAACUUGGAAGAUUUCCUGCGAGAACACACCCAGCCAUUUGUUGACGAACUCUUCACCAAUUUCGGCCCGAAACAAGCUGUUCCAGUUCCACAAUUCCAGCCACAACAGCAGCCGCAUACCUUCUCCGCAACUGCCCCAGCAUUCAACCCGCCUAGUGGCCCUAAAAAUGAAUACAGCAGUCGCAAACGAUCAUUCAAUGAGGGCUUCCAGGGAGAGCAAGGAGGCGAAGAUAGCGCGAUUCAAAAUCGCGCCUUCAAGACUCCUCGACGAGGCCGUGGAGGUGGACUUGGUCGCGGUGACUGGAUGGGUGGGGGUGGACAUCCUAUGCAGGGUGGCCAGCAAUUCCCGGUCCAGCAUGGUGGAUUCCCUAUGAUGCCUGGCAAUAUGCCUGGAAACAUGCCCGGGAACAUGCCCGGGUUCCCUGGCUUUGAUCAGAACGAUCCCAUGGCCGCCAUGAUGGCAAUGCAACAAAUGGGUUUCCCUCAAAUGCCUGGGAUGCCAAUGCCUGGAAUGCCCGGUCAGCCGGGUAUGGAGCAUUUGGCCAACCAGCGCUGUCCGUUCUACGAUACCCAAGGUAUCUGCUACUUGGGAACUGCGUGCCCAUAUAAACACGGCGAAAAGGAUGACGAAUAUGACCCGAAGAGUGCAACACUUUCAAACAGAGAUGGCGAUUCGUCGCGUGGCGGCGAGCGAGGCCGGGGUCGUGGGCGUGGUGGUUUCAGUGGACGAGGACGCGGCCGGUCCGACUUCUCGUCUGCUGGGCAUAACGAGGAUCGCUCAGUUACAACAAUUGUGGUCGAGCAGAUUCCCGACGAAAAGUUUUCGGAGGAGGCUGUGCGCGAGUUCUUUUCCCAGUUUGGCAACAUUGCAGAAGUUUCGUUGCAGCCUUACAAGAAGCUUGCUCUGGUUAAAUACGAGACAUUUGCCGAGGCUAAACAAGCAUGGGCCAGUCCCAAGGUGAUCUUCGAUAACCGGUUUGUCAAGGUCUACUGGAAUAAGCCCAAGUCCCACGACAAGAAUGGGGAGUCACAACCCGAAGUUCCCGCUUUCAACCAAGAAGAGUUCCAGAAACAGCAAGAGGAGGCCCAGAGGUUACACGAGGAAAAGCUGAAGAAGCGUCUGGAGACUGAAAAGGCCAAGGCAGAACUUGAGCUCAAGCGUGAUGAACUCAUGAAAAAGCAACAAGAAGAAAAAUCACUCCUAAUGCAGCGUCUUGGUGUUUCAUCCGGUAACAGCCCUGAUACUGCCAUGGUUCAAUCCGAAGAUUCAGCUGCAGAUGAUAAUGCGAGUGAGGAGACCAAACAACUACGUGCCCAAUUAGCUGCUCUCGAGGCAGAGGCACAAACUCUUGGCAUUGACCCCUCUGAUCCCUCAGCCGCAUAUGGUCGUGGCGGAUACCGUGGUCGUGGUGGCUACCGCGGCCGAGGCGGGUUCCGCGGUCGUGGAGGCUACGACCCUUCAUACCGUGGUGGUCCCCGAGGUCGUGGUGGAUUCGCCUCCCCACGUGGUCGGGGUGGAGUGCUUCGCCUGGACAACCGACCACGACGGGUUGCUGUGGCAGGCGUUGAUCUCCACUCUGAUAAGGAUGAGGCACUGCGCCAACACUUGAUUGGUAUUGGCGAAUACGAGUCCAUCGAGGCUAACGGCAGCACACCUGGCUCUAUCAUUGUGGCCUUUAAGGAACGAUACCAGGCCGAGAAGUUCAUGUUCAGCCCUUGGAACAUUCCCAACGUGGGCGAGGUGCAACUCUCAUGGCUUCCCAACCCUCCCAUCACAUUGCCAGCGGCAACAUCAACAGAGUCGAAGAAUGGUCUGGGUGACGAGGAUCAUGACACAAACAUGGAUACUACACCAGUCACUACUCCGGCACCACAGCAGCCACCGCGUGAUAUGGAUUAUGAUGUUGCGGAGGAUGAGGGCUGGGGUGCAUAG